AAUCUCGCGCCCAUCGCAGCAUCUCAACGCUCUCCGCCUCCGUCCCCGAGACCGCUAAACAACCUUCACAUCCACCCCCCGCCAACACAGCAAAGAUGGCCGAGAUCAAGGAGUACACCUACCAGGAUGUUGCUGAGCACAACACCAAGAACGACAUGUUCUGUGUGAUCCACGACAAGGUCUACGAUUGCACCAAGUUCUUGGAUGAGCAUCCCGGUGGUGAGGAGGUCAUGCUAGACGUUGCCGGUCAGGACUCCACCGAAGCCUUCGAGGAUGUCGGCCACAGCGACGAGGCCCGAGAGGUUCUCGAGAAGCUCUACGUCGGUGAGCUGAAGCGACAGGCUGGCGACCCUGGCCCCAAGAGCGCUCCCUCUGGCGGCAACACUGCGCCCUCGAUGAAGUCCGACGGCGGCCUCAGUCUCGGCCUCUACGCCGUCGUCGUUGUCGGUGGCUUCCUCGCCUACGCCGGCUACCAGUACCUGCAGCAGCAGGCCGCCGCCCAGACCCAGCAGCAGGCGUGAAGCGCAUAACCACCACCACUUUUUUGGCUGGUAUUCACAUGUCGCAAAUGUUUUUUCUGGGAGAUCUA